AUGGCUGAAGAAGGUGUAGCUGCAGCACCAGGAGCAGCAGCCGAAAAAGUUAUUCACACUUAUCCACUUAUACGGCACUCGGACAUGUCAGAAGAAAUGCGCACGGAGGCAAUGGAGCUGUCAGUGACUGCGUGCGAGAAAUUCUCGCAGAACAAUGAGCUGGCGGCACGCAUGGUGAAGGAGUCCAUGGAUAAAAAGUUCGGACCCGCCUUCCACGUGGUCGUCGGCGAAAGCUACGGCUUUGAAAUCACAUACGAGUGCACCACUAUUUGCUACAUGUACUUUGGCGGGAAUCAGGCUAUUUGCAUCUGGAAGUGUUCUUAA